AUGGCUCCAGCUUAUGAUGAUGACGAUGGAGACUAUAGCUAUGACGACGACGUUGUCGAGUUUCAGGAUGAAGCGGCUCUUGACGACUAUAUGAAUGACGAAGAAUACGAACUCAUGAAUGAUAUGUUUCCACGAGCCAAAAAAGAGCUGGCUGAUUAUCUAGGAUGGGACAACCUUAAGGUCAAAUUGGCCAUAUUUGACCAUGAGUUCAAUCUUGACGAGGCGCUGAUAGAUUUGAAAAGAGGUCUGAAAAAGAAGAAAUCAGAAGAAACCCCAACGAAAAUGUCUGCUCUUGAACAGGCUGCCAGGAGAAGAGCUUUGAAUUCAAAAAAGGCGGCAACCACCGACACUUCCAAUUCUGCAGGCAAAUUGGGCGCAAUAAGCCCGCGGGCGCGAGAUGGUGGUGAGAAACCACCAUCUUCUCUGGCGGCGCGCCUGGCAUCUUUACAAGUGAAACGCGAAGGAGCACCUUCAAAAUUACCAGGCCAAGGAAAAGACUCUAAGUCUCUUGCGAGCCGGCUUUCCUUUGGAAACAAAAAGCAACAAGAACCGAGUGAAAGCGCUCUGAAUUCAAGAACUUCUCUUUAUUCAAAGUUAUCCGCUCUUCGUAAGAGUAAAGAUAGCGGCGAAGUCUCAACUUCGAAAAAGCCCACACAACCUUCCACAGAAAUUGCUCCCCUCUCACAAUCAGAGGAAAAAGAUAGAAUUUCGGAAGUCUCGAAAAUUCCUACAUUUGAGGAAAUCGGAGGACUGUUUAAUCUGAAAGCUUUACCGGAUGACCGCGAGCUCCCUGAGAAAUCACUAGAAAUAUCAGAGUUGGUUGCCAAACGCGAAUCGAAGGAGGAGACCGCUAUCUCGAGACUAAAGCGCAAAUAUGACGAUGUUCAUUCGACUUAUUUUCCGUAUACUAACAAUCAAGCAGCCAAAAAACAAGCCACCGUAAAUUUCAACAAGCAAAGUCCCGAUGAUGUGGUUAUGGAAGCCCAGAAGAGAGCCUUCGAAGAUGUUGCGAAUGUUUCGAAGGGCGUCGAAGCCGUGACCUUAGAGAACUCUAAACCGACAAAAGAUGAGGGUAUCGACCAGGACGAAGAAGAUGACAAGCCUUUUCCCAAAGAUCCAGUCGUGCGUACCCACAAAAAAGCAACGUCACCCACCAAGCCCAAAAAUCCAAUAGAUUUGAAUGCCUUUCUGCAGCAAAAAAAGCCCCAUCUCAGUUUUGUAGUGAUCGGCCAUGUCGACGCUGGUAAAUCUACACUUAUGGGUCGUUUGCUUUACGACGUAGGGGCAGUUGAUAACAAAUUGAUAAGAAAGCUUAAAAGAGAAAGUGAGAUGAUCGGUAAGUCCUCUUUUCAUUUGGCAUGGGUCAUGGAUCAGACGGCGGAGGAAAGAAAUCGUGGUGUGACAGUCGAUAUUUGCACGAGCGAUUUCGAAACGAAGGAUUCGACGUUUACCAUAGUCGAUGCGCCAGGCCAUAGAGAUUUUGUACCGAACGCAAUAGCUGGUGUUAGCCAAGUUGAUGUUGCUGUUUUGUCUAUUGAUUGUAGCACUGAUGCCUUUGAGUCCGGUUUCAACCUUGAUGGUCAAACCAAGGAACAUACGAUACUUGCGAGAAGUCUCGGGAUUCGCCAUAUAAUCGUUGCAAUGAACAAAAUGGACAGUGUAGACUGGUACGAGGGAAGGUUCACCGACAUCAAGUCUGAGCUAACUAACUUCUUCGAGGACAUUGGCAUAAAGAGUGAACAAACGAGCUGGAUUCCGUGCAGCGGUCUAUCAGGCGAGGGAGUUUUUGACAAAUCCUACCCAGCGGGUCUUGCAUGGUAUAAGGGGCCGUCACUGGUGGAAAGUCUAGAACAAAUUUCGCAGAGUUUUUUCGAUAGUGAAAGUGCCGAAAUUACCGAAAAACCAUUUUUGUUUUCUACGUUUGACGUCAGUCAAGGAAGUAAGCCAAAUGAAGCUGUACUGUUCGGAAGGGUGGAGUCGGGGCAUAUACAAAGUGGUGAAACCGUCACAAUAUAUCCCUCGGAGCAGAGCGUCUCGGUGACACAAAUUUUAGUAGGGAACAAUCAAGCACCGGUGCCGGUGGCCAUCAAGGGCGACUUUGUCACACUCAAAGUGCGCAAUGCAUAUGUGGAGGAUAUUCAAGGUGGGGAUCUCGUUGCAGUUGUGGGCUACGACAUUGAAAGUGCUCAAGAGUUUUCAUCUCAGAUUUUAACUUUUGGCCUGGACCGCCCUCUGUUACCGGGAACCCCUGUCAUGUUUUUCAGAGGAAGCUGUGAGCAGCCCGCAAGAAUAAAAAAGCUUGUGUCAUUAGUAGACAAAGCGGAUGCUUCCAAGAUUAUCAAGAAGAAAGUCAGACAUUUAGGAUCAAAUCAGGCUGCGAUUGUCGAAAUCGAGCUCACUGAAAAGAAGAGAAGAGUUCCUCUGAUGACUUUCGGGGAGAACAAACGUCUAGGCAGGAUUCUUCUCAGAAAAGAGGGGAAAACAGUUGCCGCAGGCGUGAUUAGAACGCUUGACGUAUAA